UCGGCGGUAUACAUUCGUUCUUGGCCUUGGCUUUGUAGAUGAACAGUCUUUACCAUAUAACUCAUCGGGUCGGAUGCACGAAUUCAAGAACACUUUCCCCAAAAUAAACGCAACCACAAACUCCCAAAGAAGAUGCCAAAUUCUUUCUCGCCCGGCGAUGACAAGUUUGUACUGGCACGAGAACGCGAUCAGUUUCACCCGCCGUCGUAUGAAUAUAACACAACAUCAAGCAGUGUAUCAUCAACGAGUCCUUCAGAAUAUGUAAUGGGGGAUGAGGAGAGAUAUCCCACGCCAGUGGAAACCCAGCCAGAUUUACCUCCUUACUUUGGACAGAACCGGCCAGCGAGUCCCAGGGACAACGAAGCUCUGUCCCAGGUCAGCAUCUACCUACAACACUGGCCGCCAAGUUCCAGGAACGAUGAGACUCUGUCCCAGGCCAGCAUCAACCUACACGAUCUUCAGAAGCCUCCGCCCCCACUCCCACCAGCUCGUCGCAAAUGUUUCGGCUUACCACGUCCAAUAUUCUUCUUUGUUAUCGCUGUUAUGUUCUUGGUUAUCACUGUUGCUAUUGUAGUCGGAGUUGUCAUCGGCUUGAGGUUAAAAAGCAAAAGCAUUGCUAGAUUACCUGCAAUCACAGUCUCAGGUGUCUUUGCGGGCGAAAACAAUACAGAUUGGAAUAUGCAACUCUGCUAUACGAACAGGACUACUAGCAAGCUCGGUCUUAGGUUCAACACUGGCAGCGCGGGUUGGGGUGCGGAACAGAGCCUGAACCUUUCUAUCACCCCGGAGUCAGAUUCUCCAAUGGCAGCCACCAGUAUGUUGGGAAACGAUGGAAAUGUCUACCUCAAUCUCUUCUACGUUAAAAACGCAGCCAUUAUUCUAGCCAACUUCACCUGCGUAUCUACGGCAUGCACAAGAGUGUCUAACGAAGCCAUCACGAAAUUUGCCACUUAUUCCUUAUCCUCGGACACAUCUCUCGCCGCUGUAUACGUCGGCCCAAGCCAAGGUUAUCGUGUCUUCUAUCACAACACAGAUCAUUACAUCGUUCAACUCACGAGCCCCGGGGAUGGAACAUGGGAUCGCGGGCAAACUAUCUCGGGCAAAGCUCUUGCUGGGAGUAGUAUUGCAGCAGCCUCAAUCGGCACUGGGGGUGACAUUGACGUAUUGUACGUGGAUUCGUCGACCCAGGUGCUUGUCAAUGUGCAAUGGGAGGGCAACACCUGGUGGAGUCCCGCGCCGGUAACGUUUCUCUCAACUCCGGACUGGGACCCCCUUACGGCCCUCACAUUAUCCUGGCAACCCGCAAGCGACGUCCUGCGGGCCUACUUCACUGGCACGGAUAAGUUCAUCUACGAAUUCGCCGGCACGAAUGCCUCGAGCACAGCCUUCCCAAGAUCCAACCGAGAUGGCGUUGCGCAAAAUUCCACCUCUGGGGUGUCAACUCCAGGGUGGGCUGAGGCGCCUACACAUGAUCUUACCUGGAUCCCGAGUGCCUCUGUGGCAGAGGAAAUCACGUCUGUAGCUUGGCUGGACCAGGUCAAUUUUUAUCGGUACGUUAAUGGGCAAAUUGUAGAGAGCUCUUUGGCGCAGGGAACUUGGUCGGCAAGGUUCAUUUAAGAUUUAUAGAUCGGGAUGGAGUAACGGUGGGACUUUACGGGGUUACAAUGGGAAAUCAGGCCAAAUAGACAGCGUCCA